GUAGUUCGGUAAACACUCUGGCUAUUUACGCGCAGUCCCAUUCUGAUACCGAAACAUUCUGUGCCGUUCAGUAAAACAAGGUCUGUGCUGUUGCCCCUUGGAAGGAAGGCUGCGGCCGAGGCCCCGGAGGCGAAGGCCCCGCCUGUGGCCGGCGGAGGAGCACGGCGAGCCGGAGAGGCAGUUCCUGGCGACGCUCCGCCGACGGACGCAGUGAGCAGCAUGAAGAGGGGCGCGGACAGGGACUUGUCUCCCUCCAGUAAACGGUCGAGGUCGAGUGUGGGGCGCUAUGAGGACAGCAGCGAGGACGAGGGGCGCCGCAGCAGCCGCGGAGGAAGCCCCCCGGGGCGGCGCUACCCCCCGCCCGAGCCCCUGCACCGCUCGGAGCGCGACGACUUCGCGAGGGCGCCGCCGAGGCCGCCCGCCUACAAGGUGCUGUGCGUGUCCAACCUGCACUCCAAGGCCAGCGACGAGAUGGUGCGCGAGGCGCUGUACCGCGAGUUCAAGAGGUUCGGCGACGUGAGCGUGAAGGUGUCGCUGGGCGCGGACGAGCGCCUGGCCUACGUGUACUUCCGCAGCGCCGACGAGGCCCGGGAGGCCAAGCACAGCAAGCCGCGCAUCCUGUUCUACGACCGGCCGGUGGUGGUGGAGCCCAUGUACGAGGCGGCGCGGGACUACGCCCUCCCGCGCGGCCGCUCCAGGACGCCGCCCGACUACGAGCGGGGCUACCGGCCGCGCAGCCCGCCGGGGCCCGACCUGGAGGACAGGUACGAGCCGCGCUUCGAACAGCGAGUACUACGCCGAGGGGCCGCCCCUGCGGCAGGACGAGUACAGCUACAGGCAGCACCGGGGGCGCGGGGGGCCGCACGGGCACUACGGGCCGCCCCUGAGGGGGGGGUUCAAGCACAGCUUCGGGGUGAUCGACAGCAAGCGUGACAAGUUCCCGAACUACCUGCAUCACGUGCCGCCCGAGGAGGACCCGCUGGCCACGCGCACGCUCUUCGCCGGCAACCUGGAGAUCAACAUCAGCGAGGAGGAGCUGCGCCGCAUCUUCGGCAGGUACGGCGUCGUGGACGACAUCGACAUCAAGCGGCCGCCCCCGGGCACGGGCAACGCCUACGCCUUCGUCAGGUACCAGAAUUUGGACAUGGCGCACCGGGCCAAGAUAGAGUUGUCGGGGCAGUACAUAGGCAAAUUCCAGUGUAAGAUUGGAUACGGGAAAGUGAUGCCCACGACCAGGGUGUGGGUGGGGGGGCUGGGGCCUUGGACGUCAGUGACGCAACUCACGCAGGAGUUCGACAGAUUUGGUGCUAUUAAGAAGAUAGAGUACGUGAAGGGCGAGAGCCACGCGUACAUUCUGUAUGAAAGUCUUGACGCCGCGCAGGCAGCCGUGAAAGAGAUGAGGGGCGUUCCCCUCGGGGGCCCAGACAAGAGGCUCAGGACGGACUUUGCCGAGGUGAACCCCCCGCCCGGGGCCUUCCCUCCGGGCUACAAGAAGGAGUUCGACGGGGAGUACCGUGACGAGUGGGGAGGGGGGCGAGGCAGUGGGUACGAGGACUAUGUGGGCGAUUACGCAGGCUAUGGCAGGGGGCGUGGCAGGGGUCGGGGCUGGCACGAGAGGGGGCGUGGCGGCCACAGGGGAGGGUACCACGGGGACUACCAGAGGCCGGAUUACCGCGACUAUGACGGGACGCCGGAGGGCGGGGAGCACCCGGCGAGGAGCCCGGACCCUGGCGACGGAAGCAACGACAAUGGUCUCACCAGCGCACGCACGCUCGCAGACGUUGCACGGGCAACCCCCACCUCCUGGCAGGGCUCGCUGAUCUUGAAGAACUCCUCCUUCGGGACCAUGCACCUCAUAGAGGGAGACACGGAAGUGGCAGAGAUGAUGCAGGACGAAGAGGGUCGGCCGCUCCUGAGAAUCACCCAGCGCCUCCGCCUGGACCAGUCACGGCUGGAUGAUGUGAGCAGGAGAAUCAGCGCGCCAUCAACGGCUACGAUUCUCCUGUCGCUGCCCAGCACGACGGCGCCCCAGGCCCCGGAGGAGGCGGCCGUGCAGACGAGGCCGCUGCGCAACCUGGUGGCCUACCUCAAGCAGAAGGAGGCGGCGGGCGUGAUCACCCUCAACUCCACCAGCAAGGAGGGCAACACGCAGGGGGUGCUGUACGCCUUCCCUCCGUGCGCCUUCUCCCUCGACCUGCUGCACAGGGUGUCCCCAGGGCUGACCGAGGAGACCACCAGGGACGACCACCUGGUCAUUGUGAUCGUGAGGGGGACGGCCACGUAGGCGGGACAGACGCAGAGGCCGUGUGGCCGCGGACCGCUCUCGUUGGACCUAGUGUGCCCAGCACUAAGUGUGGGAAAAGAGAGAGAACGGAAAAUUUCCUUGUUAUAAAUCCAUGUGCUUGAACAAAGACUGCCUUAUAGUCCCUGCUUUUUAAGUGUAGUAAACUUUUCACAUGGAAGCCUAUAUUUUCCAUAAAUCAAUAAUUGUGAAUAUAAUAAUCUUUACAACUGUAUUGUACAAUUUGUUAAAAAAAACAUGUCAAAGAAAACUGUGAAUUUUAAGAAACAGUUUGUGUUGUUCAACAAAAAUUAUGGAUAGCAUUGUAUGGUUUUCUUUUUUUUAUUAUUAUUAUUCAGAAAUUUUUUGUUUUACAUUUUAUAAGUGAGUGUCUUAGACUAAUAUCUUCACCUGAAGUGUAAAAAAAAAAAAAGUGUUUUAAAUACAGUGAAGUAACCUG